CGUGGCCUUUUAUGCGGUGUGUAUUCCGAUGACUUAUCAUGCACGCUGAUUUGCCGUUUCCCUGGUUGGCUGCAACCCCAUGCGCUUCAUCGUCAAUUUUAUUUUUCAGAGGAGGCUGCAUUUAGAUUGGAAUCGGGUCUGAUACUUGUCCCUCUCGAUUGCACUCCAGCUAUUGUUUUCCAGCAGUUUCUUCAAUUUUCGUAUUUUUUUUAUAUCCUGGCUUCGGCUUCGGCUUUUCCCAUCACUAUCAAUAACUACAGCUUUGUUUUUGUGUUUCCGCGGGUUUUGCGCUUACUGACUUACACGGAUCCACGCUCUAGGUCACAGCUUUCCCCGUUUGACGUCAGUUACAUCAUCGAGAUCUUCGAGCCCGAUAUUUGACCCAACCCAGCAAAAGGCCACUUUGCUUCUGGCUUCUUCUGAAGAAAAAAAACCCCCCAGAAAAUAACAAACUUCAACGAAUCCAAUGUCCACAGCCGCAGCUAUGCAGCAAACACCUGCAAUCCCACCUCGUCCUUCGAGGAGCACCGAGAACGAUAACAGCUCCUCGGCCCCCUCAGUUCCCCCACGGCCGACCAGGCGUUUCAACCGCUCCGUCUCGCCUAAUCCGGAUCGAUUUGCUCCUUCUCCUCUGAACGAGCCUGCCUUCAACCCCAAGAGCCCAGGUCGCCGUACCUCGAACAACACGCUUAACGUAGAGUCAAUCGACCGUCCCGGCAGCGUGAGCAUUCCAUCAAUCGGCCAGGAAGGCCAAGAGUAUGCCGCCUUUGAUGACGUUCACUCUUCUCCUGAGAACCACCAAGCCGUUUCUCCUGAGCAGACCAGGACGGUCGGCGAGGAUAUCAAGCUGCACGCUCCUAAGCCUAAGCUGGCCCAGGAAGCCGCUGUCCAGAGAGUCGCUGCCGUCACUCGUACGGACUCCGACCGGGCUGCCGAAUUUGGUAUUGGUCGUCCCAGCAGCGAAGACCCGUAUCCCAGAACCUUGAAGAAGAAAGCCAGCACAACCAGUCAGCUGUCCCACAUAAGUCACGAUGAGGACGAACACGGCAUCCCCGAGAUCGGUCAGCGAGUUCCUCUGCUUGGCCAUGCCGGAGACGCCCAGGCCCCGACACCCGCGCCGGGUGCGUCUGCAACACCCGAAAUUGGGAGACCUGGUAGCCGUCACCAUACUAGAAGAACAAGUGGUCGUAGCCAAUUUGGACAUCUGCCCUCUGACAGCUACGGUCUGCACGGCCAUGGCGUUGAGAACAACGACAAGCUGGAGAAGGCCUACUACGAAAAACACCCCGAGGCCAAGAAAUUUGAUCUAUACAAUCAUCACUUGCGCGAUCGUGUCAAGGACUACUCAAUGAGCAGUGAAGAUCUCAACAAGCUAGUCCGUGACAGUGAUGGAGCCGGUUUCGGUACCAACCGCGAGUUUGUCAGCACCCCUAGCGAGCAGGUCGGCUUCGAAGCUACUGAUUACUACGUGUCUCGCAAUGCCUCUCCUCGCCCGCCCUCUGCUGCUUCCAAGCGCUUGAGCCAGAGCUACGCUGAUUCCCCCUUGAAGACUGCUACGGGACCAGAUAUCUCUGUGUCAGCAGCUGACGGCGAUGAGGAGGAAGACGACAACGUGAUCCACGUGGACGAGCCAGGUCGCCGCAAAGGGUUUGCCAAGUACGGCAAUGCCGAGCAAGUUACUCAAGAUGGCACUGAGAGCGAUUAUGAAGCCCCUAUUCUUGCAGCUGAUGAGAUGGCCAAACGCCGAUCUCUAUAUGACACACCUGCCGUUGAGCCACAGCCCGAACGUCGUGGCAGCUCUUACGAAAUGGAACAGCCAAAGAGCAGACCUCAUAGCAGAGCAGCAAGCGUUUAUGACCCUCCCGUCCGCUCUGUGCCUCUGGAUGAUGUGGAAGAGUACGAGCCCUUGUUCCCGGAAGACGAGAAUAGCCAAAAGAAGGCUGCUGAGAAGGCCGAAAAGCGGAAGAGCGCGCAGCGCUUCCCGAGCCGCGACAUCUGGGAAGAUGCCCCUGACAGUGUGCAUGGUACAGCCGAGGUCUCUACCCCAGAGCCAACCGAGGGUUUCAAAAGACCCGACGCGGCUGAUAUAUCUGAUAUCGUCCCGCGUGAAGGCGAGACCAUCGCCCAGGCUUUCGCUCGGCGACAAGAAGAGCUUGCCGAAGCCGAGGAUCGCAAUCCUGACAGCUUCAUGCGUACGCAAAACUCGCGAUCUGGGUCACGACCCCGUUCGUGGGUUGAAGCACAGCCUCACUUGGCUAAGGAGAUGAACCAGCCCAGCAAACCAGCCAGCCGCCGUUUCCCAAGUCGCGAUGUCUGGGAAGACACCCCUGAUUCUCUCCGUUUGGAGACCACCGUUUCCACCCCGCAAUCAGAGAAGGACCCGCAGUCUGCUGAUGCAGAGGAGAGCCCUGUGGAGAAGUCAGAGAAGCCGGCGAUACCCGUACGCCCUGCAAAGAAACUUUCAGGUGAUGAUAAGCCCACAAUUCCAGAUCGUCCAAAGCCCCAAAUCCCUGCUCGCGCUGGUAAGCCGGCCACCACCGAGUCUAGGGAGCCCGAAGCUGCGCCAAAACAGAAGCCAGCGGUGCCUGCUCGGCCCGUAGGCGGUAAGAUCGCGGCUCUUCAGGCUGGAUUCAUGUCGGACCUGAACAAGCGUCUCCAGUUGGGACCCCAGGCCCCUAAGAAGGAGGAACCCAAAGAGGAAGAGAUAGCCGAGGAGAAGGAGAAGGCACCACUAUCAGAUGCUCGAAAGGGUCGCGCUAGGGGUCCUCAGCGCAGGGCUCCUACGAAGAGUUCUAGUCCCGGUGGUGCUGCUCCUCCAGCAUCCAACGGCAAGCCAGUUCUGUCGUUCUCGAUGACUAGGACUUUGUGGUGCAUCGAUGAAGAAGGUACCAUGAAUGUUCAAGAAGAGCAGGAGCCAUCCGAAGCAAAACCAGAACUUGACGAGGAACCCACGCAGUCUCGAGAACCGCAAUUGGAGGAGUCUCGGGAGCUGAUUGAGACAGAACAAAGCCCAAGCAAGCCUAUCGAGUCAACAGAGACUCCGAGCACGACUAUCGACACCAAUACAAACGCGGAAACGAAAACUUUAGCGACUAAUACCGCAGGCGGUUCGAUAUUACAGGAGACACUGGACAAGAAACCCGAAGGCGACCAUGUGGUGGAUGUUGAAGACGUCAAGGACCAGGGUCUUGACUCAUGAAGCUUACCUACAUUGUUGCCAGCAAGCGCUCUUCUCUUCCGGUCAGAUUCGACGUUUUAGCAUGUUAAUCCCCUUAUCGUCUGG